CGUCGAGUGCGCACAUAGAAGUACAAUUGCUCGACUCUCGCCCUUGCACCGUGUGUUAUUAUUUCGCUCUGCCGUGUAAACUGCGGCAAUUUUGAGCAAGAUGACGAUGUCUGCGGGUGAGCAGCUUCAUCGCAUGACAGAAAAUGUUUAUAAGAACACAAUCGAAGGAUUUAAUCCGGAGAUACGGAAUCUUAUCACUCUUGGCAGAGCGUAUGAGAAAGUCUCCCAAAAUGUCACACAAGUUGCCAAAGAUUACUUCGAUGCUCUCAUGAAGGUCGGCGAACUUGCUAGCGAAACAAAAAGUGCAAGACAAUUAGGACAGUCCUUGCUACAGAUUGCAGAAACUUACAGACAAAUAGAAGCAGAAAGGGAAAUCAAGUUACAUGCUUUCAGGAAAGAGUUGUUGAAUCCUUUAGAAGCCAAAGUAGAGACGGACAUCAAGGCAGUACUGCAAGCUCAGAAGGCGUACCUCAGCGAGAACAAAGUCAAAGCAGAGGCUGUUGAAAAAUGCAAAGGUGAGCUGAAGAAAGUUCAGAAGAAGGCUUCCAAGAACCACAGCGAGAAAUAUGUAGAGAAGGAACAGAAGAGCUCAGAGGAACUUCAGCAUCUGACCAAACAGCUGUAUGACUUCCGCAAUGAAGGUCUCCGAGAGGUGUGGCUGGAAGAGAAGAAACGGUACUGCUAUCUUGUGGAGAGAUAUUGCUCCCUGGUCAAGAACGAUGCUGCAUUCUUUGGCAAAGCUCAGAGUGUGUUGCGCCAUCGGAUGCCCAAAUGGACCGAGUCUUGUGCCAAGCCAGAGAAGCUUAACGAAGAAUGUGAAGAUACGCUGAACACCGUGUUCUCCGGCCCUCUCGGCAACCCUCUGCAGAUGGAGCUAAGGACCUCCAAACGCCUCUAUGAACGCAACAUCCUUCUUGCUCAGAGCGAGGAACAAAAGGAAAAAGAAAGAACCACCCCUGUACACUCACAUGAAGCUCCAGAGAGACCAGCCUCAGCUGACAUGGCUGAUGCCCACACAUCAGCGGCUAGCUACAGCGCCACCUUGCCAAACCCCCGACGAGACAAAGGCUCCGGAAUGCGACACACCAAGUCUAUGAUCCAUAAACUUCCCCAAGGCGUAGUGUCGACUUUGCCACAGAACGCCUACCUGCGUCGAGUCUCGGAAGGAGCGGACAACAUUGCCAUGGACGUACAGAAGAUGACCAAAGUGCAAGCCCUCUACAGCCACAUUGCCAGUAGUGAUAGCCAACUCAACUUUGCUGAGAACGACAUAAUUGCACUGGUUGGGCCGAAGAACAAUGGCUGGUACUACGGACACAAUAUACGCACCAAGCGCAGCGGCUGGUUCCCAAUAGCCUACACACACCCCAUACAGACAGCACUGACCCAACAGAAUGGUGGAACCAGCCCCCUGCCUCAUCAGAGCCCUAGCCAGAUCACCAACCAGUCUGGUGCCCCACCUCUCCCUCCACUCAGCACCAACCCAGCCUUCAAUAAGGGCAUGGCAGCCAGCAUGGACAACAUAAUGGAUGGCCGUAGUCAGUACCCGUCACCGGACUACCACAGUGACCAUCACAGCCCUGGUGUGGCACCUGCAGCAUCCACUAUGUCACUCCCACACUCACUAAUGCCAGGGGUACCGACUGACCAGCAUGGAUCUCUGGUGGAAGGUCAUGUGUCAGAUGGCACCAAUGGUUUGGGUCGAAGGUCACCAACCAGCAGUGUGUCCAGCUCGGCAUCUUUGCCUACCCACCAUUCGAAGGAUACCGCCAGCAUUGAAGAAGAGGAGGGAGAUAGUGCUUCGUUUCCGGGUGUUCAGCUACGCAAGACAGUCACCAAUGAUAGAUCAGCACCCAUGAUCCCCAAGGACUACUCAAUGAAUGAAUAUGCAAGCUCAGCUAAGUAGAUUAGCUCGCAAUUUGAAAAGUAGAAUACUGAAAGUGAAGUUAUCAAAGAGAGGAAUACAGUGAGCCAGAAGUUCUACACAUCUCACAGAAGCCUUUCAACCAGCUUAUGCCUAGACCUUCAUGCUAAGAUAGUGGCUGAGAUGAUGUUCAGCUCUUCCACAAGUGCCUUCCAAGAUUGAAGUGAAAAAAAAAGUUAUAUACAAAACUAAAUCUAUCUCUAUAUAUAUUGUAGGAAAAAAAGACAGCUACAAUUGAAAAAUGUUUAUCCAUAUUUUGACACAGUUUUAUUUUCAAACAACUCAAAAGAAUUAAGCAACUCCUACUUUCCAGUAAAAGUGCUAAAAAGGUUUCAUCAGACUUUAUUGGGUCAUUACUUUCACUGUAAGUCACAGAAGCUUAAAUUCCACAACUUUGUUCAAAAACAACUCAACAAUAGUUUGUCUGAUUUUUCAGUUACGUACAAGAAGUAGAAAAUUAGUCCAGGGUGUAGCAUAUAGAAAAUUCAACCUGACAAAGUCUAUUUUGCAUUAAAAGAGAAAAAAUGCAAAGGUUUUGCUAUAAGACUUGCCUUUUAAGGAAAUUUUAUAUCGCAAUUCCAUGUACAUACACAAGAUUUGACACCAUCCAUAUACACUGCAUGAGUGCAACAACAGUAUUAUCCGUUAAAAAAUACAAGUGUGGACAUUUUUUUGUCAACAAUGUAACUUUGAUGAAAGAUUAUAUAUAUAUUGCACAUUGAUCACAUUAUUUUCUAAUGCAUAAAUCGUAACUUGUGUGCUUGAAAACAGUUCUGUUGUCAUUUUAAUUAAAGUGAUGUUGUGCAUGUACCCAAAUCAUAACUUUUUAUGUUUAAUAGAAAACAUUUUAAAGUAUGUUUGUGUAUUUUAAAGAAGCAGUUACAAAACAGUUGAUGAACUCAACGUCUAACUCUUUGUAAAGUUUUUUAAAAAGUGCACUUUUUUCAUGGGUUUGACUCAUUUCAAGUUCAAUAAAUGUAAAAAAUGUCAUUUGUUGAAAUGUUUGCUCUUUUAAUUGCAACAAUAACAGCUGGGCUUUGUGCCGGAGAUAGUUUAAAAAUUUAUUUAACAGACAACUAGGAUAAAGACUUAUGUCUUCUAAAUGUUACCUUAAUAUAUACAUUGUGUUGUGUACAGUUAGAUUUUGAUAUCUAAGUAGAAUUUUGACCAAGUAUUGCCCAACCUGAAUUAACCAUUUCCAAUUGAUCAACGAUCAUACCAUUUGAUUGUAGUUGCCCUGUGUACAGAAAAUGCAUUUACUUUGAAUAAGUUAUACACAAAAUUAUUACCUUUGUUUGGCUCAACACUUUUAUAGAAAGUUUGUUAGUUUGUAAGAUAUUUGCACAAGAACACUCAUAUUGAACACUCACAUUGAA